AUGUCUAUCCAAUUGAAUAUAACCGACGAUGUGGACAGAGCUGCUGAUGUUCUGAACAAUGCAUUCAGCCCAUCUCAUUGUAGUGAUUUUAUUUUCAAAAAGUUUUUUAACAUCUCAUUAGAUGAGAAAUGUUCUAGAGCUAGAAUCAAGGCUAUUAUUCAUUAUUACACUGCUCUUUACCAUGAUUUGGAUGGUGGUGAUAUUGUUGAAGUAAACGACUUUGAUGCAGUUGCACUUUUCAGUACACCAGGCAAACAUUUGCCACCAACUUUGACUGGUGACGCCAAAUUCGACAAAGAGUUCAUCACAGAUAUUUCCAAACGUAAGAAGGAAGUGAUUCCAGAAGGUGUACCAUACUAUUAUCUUUUCAUGAUCGGUAGGGACUUGAAAGGUCCACAUAAGAAAGGUUCAGUGAAGAAAAUUUUUGAAACAUACAAGGAAAAGGCCGACAAAGACAACGCAGCUAUUGUUUUGGAAUCAAUUGCUGACCAUGCUACUUCUGUUUACGAAUACUUCGGUUUCAAGAAUUAUCUGACUUAUACCAUCGGUAAGGGAGAAGUAAAUUCCAAAGGUGAACCUGACAGCACCGGGGAAGGUUUCACAGUCAAGUUAAUGUUCUACCAUAAAGACGGAGAAAAGGUUCUAAGACCAUGA